AUGUGUAGGGGUUGUCCCCCUAUCAUUCUUGGCGGUCUUACCUUAUCCUAUCCUCGCAAUGUCAGGGGAUUGCCUCCUCGGUUGCUGAGCCCUGAAUGUGUAGGGGUUGUCCCCCUAUCAUUCUUGGCGGUCUUAUCCUAUCCUCGCAACGUCAGGGGAUUGCCUCCUCGGUUGCAGAGCCCUGGAUGUGUAGGGGUUGUCCCCCUAUCAUUCUUGGCGGUCUUAUCCUAUCCUCGCAACGUCAGGGGAUUGCCUCCCCGGUUGCAGAGCCCUGGAUGUGUAGGGGUUGUCCCCCUAUCAUUCUUGGCGGUCUUACCUUAUAUACCUUAUCCUUCUCAUCCUAUCUAA